ACACGAAUUUUUAACUCGGCCUACAGGUACGACAAGCGUCAUCUUGCAUUGAGACUUCAACCGAAUCGAUUUCCACUAUGCCAGCCUACAGAUGGGUAAGUCGUGUCAGUAGUCAAUCGCUGCCAGAAAACGCGAUCAUCGGCGGUCGCGACUCUGACGGAAGUAAACUUUACGUCGGCAGAGCUUUUCACGAUGGCGACAUGAUACCAGCGAAAGUAAUUCCUGACAAGGGUGUCGCCUACGUUUGUCACAACGGCGAGGAACAUCCAAAAGACAAUUACGAGGUCCUUGUCCAAGGGGAAUUUGCAUGGGAGUUCUGCAGCAACGGUGAGGUACCAGAGGAUGCAGUAAUCGCAGGUCAAACCGCGGACGGAGAACCUCUGUACGUUGGCCGUGUCCUCCAUAGUGGAUCUCAAACAAUUGGCAAGGUACAACCAAGUCACGGAUGCCUAUACAUUCCGUACGAAGGCGAGGAGUUGUCGUUCAAGGAUUACGAAGUACUCGUUGUACAUUAAUUCAAUUACGGAUGUAUCCAAAGAUUGAAGAUGUAAUACGCAUUCUAUAUACGAUCGAAAUUAAUUGAGUCAAGCAAAACAACUUCCAAACAGACUGCUGAAAUGAACGAAAAAUUAUUGUGAACAAAAUGUUCCGUU